CCACAUUUUCUUCCACACAUACACUUGUCAUCACCUUUCUCCUCUUUCUCACUCCUUUCUCUCUCUCUCUCAACUUCCAAUUUCCCCGGUUCAGCCCCGAUGACACCGCCAUACUCCUCGAAGGCGACGCCGCGAUCUCCGUCGGAAAAAUGGAGCUCAACAUGGUCAGCUACAUCUUCCGCGUCGGCCGAGUUAUCUACAACGGAAAGUUUCAAAUGCCUACAGGUGCCUCUAUGGAGCUCCUCCAGCUCCGCAGAUUUCACCACCCGUUUCUCCUUCACCAUCGACACACGGAAAAAUCCGCUGUACGGCAGCGGCCUUGCCUUCUUCCUCGCGCCAGCCGGGUUCCAGAUCCCGCCCAACUCCGGGGGCGGCUUCUUAGGCCUCUUCAACACCACCACCACCGGCUCCCCGCGAAACCAGAUCCUCUCCGUGGAGUUCGACACCUACGCAAACCCCGAGUGGGACCCGCCUCACCAGCACGUGGGGAUCAACAAGAACUCCAUCGCCUCCUCCGUCACCACGCCGUGGAACUUCACAUCGCACGACGGAGAGGCCGCGGAUGUUUGGAUUGUCUACGUCGCGGCCGCUAAGAACUUGACCGUUUUCUAUAGCUACAAUGGCGCCCCCAAUUCAAGCCUUUCGUAUCAAGUGGACAUCAGAGAGGUUCUACCUCAGUGGGCCACGGUUGGGAUCUCUGCAGCCACGGGACCCAACGUCGAACACAACAUUCUCCAUUCGUGGGAGUUCACUUCGAGUUUGGAUAUCGAAGAGAGUUUAGAUAUCGAAGGGAAUAGGAAGAUAGCAGUAGCACUGAUAGUGGGCUUGGCUAUAGGGGCGUUUGCUUUGAUAACCGUAGCUGUAUUAGCAUGUGCACUGGUGAAGAAACGGAGAGCAAAGAAAACCCAAAACAGAACUUAUUCGAGAACGAUAGGAGAUGAUGAUCUCGAAAGAGCAACGGGGCCACGAAGAUUUUCCUACCAAGAGCUUGCUUCGGCCACAAACAACUUCUCUGAAGCCAGGAAACUAGGAGAGGGAGGAUUCGGAGGCGUUUACAAAGGACACCUCGUAGAUUUAGAUAUCCCGGUUGCCGUGAAGAGAAUCUCCAAGGAAUCUCGGCAAGGGAAGAAGGAGUACAUCGCGGAGGUGAAGACCAUAGGCAUGUUGCGCCACAGGAACCUGGUGCGACUGAUUGGUUGGUGCCACGGCCAGGGCAAGUUCAUGCUCGUUUACGAGUUCAUGCCUAACGGAAGCCUGGACCGUCAUCUGUUCAGCAGAACUUCAAGUCUGCAAUGGAGUCUGAGAUACAGUAUAGCUAAGGGAUUGGCAUCCGCACUGCUCUACCUCCACGAGGAAUGGGAGCAGUGCGUGGUGCACAGGGACAUCAAGUCGAGCAAUGUGAUGCUGGAUUCCAACUUCAACAUCAAGCUAGGCGACUUUGGGCUGGCGCGGCUGAUGGAGCAUGGGAUCAACCCCAAGACCACAGGGAUAGCCGGGACGCUAGGGUAUCUAGCGCCCGAGUAUGUGAGCAGUGGCAGAGCCAGCAAGCGAUCGGAUGUGUUUAGCUUUGGGGUGGUGGCUCUGGAGAUUGCGACAGGAAGACGGUCGACAGAGCCGUUGGAUCAGAUAGGGUUGGUGGCAUGGGCUUGGGAUCUGUAUGGGAAUGGACAGAUUCUGUCAGGGGCGGAUGGGAGACUGGAAGGGGAGUUUGAUCGGAGGGAAGUGGAGUGCGUGAUGAUGGUGGGACUCUGGUGUGCUCAUCCUGACUGUAAUAUGAGGCCGUCGAUUCGACAAGCAAUCCAGGUUUUGAAUUUCGAGAAAGAGGGGCCUACACUUCCAUUCGAAAUGCCGACACCAGUAUAUCAUGCACCUGCUCUUGCUCCGCCUCCGGCUGGUACCUCAACAGAGCCUUUUAUCACCGUCUCUAGUGUCGAUAUUGGCAGAUAAACUCAUGUUGGUGUUUUAAGUCUUCAGUUAUAUUAUGGUGGUGUAUACACCACUAUAAUAAUUUGAGUAAUUCGUUAUAGUGUCUUUGUUUUCGUCUCUUCUUAUUUGUUUUGUUUUAUUCGAAUCGCACCUAAUUUGUAUUGUUUUAAUUUCAACGAAAUUGAAUUGUGAAAUGGGGUAUUUAGAUGA